UUUCUCUUUCUUUCACUUUCCUAAUUCCUUCUCGCCAACAUUUCCCAAUAUUCUAUCAUGACAGCCUUCUUCUUCUUCUUCUUCUUCUUCUUCACUCUCUCAUAGCUUCUCCUUCUUUGUUAUGAAUCCCUCCACCCACGAGCAACCAGCACCUCCUCCUCCUUUGCCGCCGUUGCCCCACCGCCCUUCCGCCGCCUGUCCUCGUCACCCACAAGAGCAGUUUACUGCUUUCUGCCCUUUAUGUCUCUGUGAGCGUCUCUCUCUUCUCGAUUCCUCUUCUACUACUUCUUCUUCUUCCUCUACCCGGAAACCCCAUUCCACUGCUGCCUCUGCUCUUAAGGCUAUUUUCAGGCCUGCUCCUCCAAAUCGACCCUCUUCUUUUUUUCCUGAGCUUCGUCGUACUAAAUCCUUUUCUGCCUCUAAGAACGACGCCUUCUCCGCUGUCUUUGAGCCGCAGAGGAAAUCUUGCGACGUUCGAGUUCGUAACGCUCACUGCUCUCUCUUUUCCCACGACGCUUCUGCUUCUUCCAACCUUGUCGCUCCUUCUGCUGAAAUUACUCCCGAGACUAAGUUUUUGGAGGACUCCAGUUCCUCCUGCCUUGAACAUCAACCCCUCGGCCACCGAGAAAUUAGGGUUUCGGAACAACCCAAUGUGGUGGAUGUUGUGAUCGAAAACGGAGCUCAGGAGAUCGUUGAAGAAAAAGAAAUUCAGGUUGAAGUAGGGCCAGAAACGGUGCAACUACAGGAGGAAUUCAAAACCAUGAAGGAUCAUAUAGAUCUCGAUUCACACACGAAGAAGCCAUCCGGAAGGGGGAGCUUCUGGUCGGCGGCUUCCGUUUUCAGCAAGAAGCUGCAGAAAUGGAGGGAUAAACAGAAGGAAAAGAAGCAGAGAAACGGCGGUGGAUCUACGGCAUUGCCAGUGGAGAAGCCAAUCGGACGCCAUUUCCGAGAUACCCAGUCGGAAAUUGCUGAUUACGGCUACGGCCGACGAUCCUGCGAUAUUGAUCCGAGAUUCUCUCUCGAUGCCGGCCGAAUGUCCUUCGACGAUCCUCGCUAUUCGUUCGACGAACCGAGGGCUUCUUGGGACGGGUAUUUGAUUAGCCGAACGUUCCCAAGAAUGCCCACUAUGCUUUCCGUCGUUGAGGAUGCCCCUAUCAACGUCUUCCGUACCGAUGCACAAAUUCCCGUCGAAGACUCCAUAAAUUCAACCAAUGAGGAAGAAAAUAUCCCCGGCGGGUCUUCGCAGACCCGGGAUUACUAUUCAGACUCUUCUUCCCGUCGACGGAAGAGCCUCGACCGGUCCAACUCCAUCAGAAAGACCGCCGCAGCGGUGGUGGCUGAGAUUGAUGAGAUGAAGUCGUCUGUUUCGAACGCCAAAGUUUCUCCUGCAACUACAGAUGUGUGCCAUGGCCCGAAACUAGCCAUCCCAGAUAGAGAUUCCAACUCCAGUUCCCUGCAAGAGGACUGCUCUAAGUCCUUGGAUUCGGCAUUUAAUGAUGUUGCGUCGGUGGUUGGGACGGGGAACCGGAAAGAGGAGUCAAAAAAGUCCAGAGGGUGGGGGAAAGGUUGGAGAAUCUGGGGAUUGAUUAACCGGCGGGGAGGAAACAAAGAUGAGGAGGAAGACAAAGAGAGUAGUAGACCCAAUGGCAUGGAGCGGUCGAAUUCAGGGUCAUGGCCGGAGCUGCGCGGCGAGCGGAAUAGUGAUAUCAAAGGAGGGUUCAAUCCCAAAAUGUUUAGGAGUAACAGCAGUGUAAGUUGGAGGAGUUCAAGUAUGAUGGGUGGAUCUUUCAGUAGUUCAAGGAAAAGCAAUACAGAGACUAAUGGGAAUGGGAAAAAGAAGAACGAGGAGCCAGUCUUGGAAAGGAGCCGUAGUGCUCGACAUUCUCCGACGAACAUCGACAAUGGACUUCUCCGGUUCUACUUGACGUCGUUGAGGGGCAGCAGGCGAGGUGGGUCGGGAAAGGUGAAACCAAAUCAAGCACAGUCCAUUGCUAGAAGUGUUCUUCGACUGUAUUAAACUGAUAUUGGUUUGGGAAGGAUUCAAUUCAAAAACAUGUUUUCUGGUUGAAAGUUGCUACAUAAAUAUAUAAAUAUAUGUAUUUGUUGCUCAAGCGCUUUCCUUUCCUUACUGGGUUUAUUGGAAAUGGAUGGAAAAACAGUUUCAAAA